AUGGUAGAUCCAGAACCUGUUCACCAUAAUAAAGGAGAUAAUUUGCGAAAUGACAAAGCUUAUCACUUGAAUAGAAGUAUUGAAAUGAUGAAUAAAUAUGAUGAUGAAUUUCUUCGCAGUAUUACAUCUAGACCAACUAAAUAUCAUAUUUUAGAUCAAGUCGAUGCAGAUGAUUGUAUUAUAACAUAUUAUCACCAUAUAAUAAGUAAUGAGUUCCUAGAUAAAGCAAAGGAAAUUGCCUCAGAUCAGGAUUUUAAGUUAAAUAAAAGAGAGAAUUCUAGUUUGAAUAGCAAAGAAUUGCUAAUGAUAGGGGAACAAUAUGACGAGAAAGAUGGGGAAUAUGAAGAUUCUAUAAUGAGUGAAGAAAUAUCCAUAUCGAGCUCAGAGUAUGAUAAGUUUACUGAUAAAAAGAGACUUCAUGAGAAAAAUAACUAUGGUGUUUUGAAUUUACCUAACUCUGACUUCCUUGUUGUGAAGAGGUUACCAGUAUCUUUUGGUAUUCCAAUAAUACCUGUGCAGAAAUUAAAUUCUAGACCAAUUUUUUAUGUAUGGUUUAUUUUUAUUAUUUCAAUUGUAUAUGGUUUUGUUCAUUUUCUGAAUUAUUAUAUAAUUAAUGAAGUAAUUCCUCUACAUUCAGUACCUGCAAACUUUACAGGUUAUCUAAAUAUUGAUAUUCCUGCAAUGAAAACAUCCUAUACAUCUAGUACUCUGUUAAGACCUAAUAAUUCAAAGAAACAAGGGAACUACUCUAAAAAUAAGGAAAAUUCAAGUAUACGGGAUCGUAUUUUUUGGCUAUUUUCAAAUAAGGAAAAUAAAAUUACACCAACUGAAUUUAUGAAACCUAUGAAUAUUUCAUUAGAUAUUAAGCAUUGUCAUGUGCAAUUUUUGGAGUCUCCUAACAACCUAAGCUAUCUGAAGAUACGAUCCUGGGGGAUAUUUUCUCAUUCUUUUAUUUAUAAUAGUAUUAAUGGAAGAUAUAGAGUUCCGGCAAAUAGAUUGAAAGAGUUUGAAUAUGCUUGUUCAUUUAAUAUUCUUUUUUGGAUAUUAAAAAGAUAUAUAUUUCCGUGGACCUUGUCUGAUCAUGCAGAUCUUAAAAAGUUAUCUUUAAGUGAUUAUAGAAAAUUUUGCGAUAGAAGCCCACGCUCAUGGAAUUUUACGAGCGAAACAGACUUAAACAUCAAACUACAUCAAUUUAACAAUGCUGAAUAUUUCCAAUGUUCUAUCAAUUUCUUUGUCUCAAACAACUUUUUAUUUGAUAAUAUACACAUAAGAUUUGUACCUUCUUCAAGCUAUAUGCACGUUUCAUCAAAUACUCCAUUAUACGUAAAAUCUAGCCUUCAUUUAGAAGCCCUGCACGCAGUCUUUAAUUUUAAAGAAAUUUAUAGUCCAAACAUUACGACUACAAUCUCAGAUGGUUGGGUCUCAUUUGACAUUUCAACUCCUAAAAAUGGAAUAGAAAAUAAAUUCAUAUUUAUAGAAAGCAGAGGAGCUCCUGUAUAUAUAAAUAGUAAGGUUCCCAUAAAUUUAUCAAUGCCAACAAGAAUAGCAAAUAUGGCACAAUUACGUGCAAAUAAUAUAAAGGUUAGAAUAGAAAAAUAUCAUGGGCUAUACAAUACACAGUUUUAUGGGAAGUUCAAAUGUUUAGUAGCACACUUAACACCUAGCCAAUACUCAGGCAUAUCACUUUUAUCCAAAAACUUUCUUAAUAUAAAUAUAGAAGGAAAUAAUCCACCUAGCUACAUUACAGUUCACAAUUUAAAUGCUGAUGAUCCAUUAAAAAUAUGGGCAGGCAAGGAACAAUGGAAAGAUCCACACUUACUGUCAUUCUCAAAAUUAAGAUUUGAUAAUUUUGCAAAAUGGCUUCAAGAAGAUUUAGCUGGUCCUUGGGUUUUGUAUAUUAAUAUACUUGGAAAUGAUGAAUACCCUAAAGGAACAUGGAAAGCGGUUUCAUCAAAAGCGUUUAUUAAGAAUUCUUUUGGAUUGAUUUUAUUAUCUGGAGGACUGUUAAAGCCUCGUUCAUAUUCACUCUACAUCCACGUACUUGGAUUACAAUGUCUGGUUCCUAUAGUAAAUUCAGACUUAGAAGAUUUGGAUGUAAUAACUAUUGACAAUGAAUAUACUAAUAGAAUAUCAAAUUUAGAUUCUAUUGGUUAUAAAAGAACUGACUUAUAUAAUAAUACUAAUGAAGAUGGGUCUAUUAUUCAAAAUGUUACAAGAAAAAUAAAUGAGAUAUUUGCACCUUUAAAUGUUAGUAAUGAUAGACAUAAUUUGCAUACAAAAAAAUCUAAUAAUACAUUUGGCUGGGGAGACAUCAAGUCAUUGUUUAAAAAGAAUGAUGGAUCAUACCAUAAACCAUCUCUACUAUCGAAUUACGAUAAAAAUAAAGGUAGGUAUUUAAAAAAUGAUAUACAUAGUGUCUUCGGAAGUGAUUCAGACGUUAUAAGUAAUCCAAAUGAUAAGCCUGAAGAUAGCAAUAAUACUGAAGAUAUUAAUGAUAUUGGGAACUAUAUGGGGUUAUCAAGCUCAUUUAAAUUGUGUGAAUCUACAAUUUUAGAAAAUAUUUUUGCUGUUAUAAAUUCUGCUAUUUUGGAAUCUGCACAACAGCCUACUGUUAUAGUAUGGUCAUCCAAAGCAGAUAAACUUAAUUAUGAUGAAGUUGAAGUCAAUAAAAUUUUAUUUUUAUCCCCUCAAAACUAUUUGAAUAAUUUUGGUAGAUUUUUCUCAAGUUUACUUGAAAUAUUUGGUUGGGAUUUUUAUAUAAAGUGGCUAUUUGCACAUAGUGAUUUAUUAGAUAAUAAUCUAGUACAUACAGCUUCAAAGCUUAAUACAAAUUUCAAUAAAGUUGAACAGUAUAUAUACUCUGCAGAAAAUGAUGCUAUAUUACGUGAUUUAGUAACAGCUAACGAUAUACAAGGAUAUAUUGUCUCCCUAUCUUUAAAUGUAUUAUGUGCUGUUAUAGUAGCUGCAGUUGCAAUGUGGAUACUAUACUAUUACGUAUUUCCAUGGUUCUUGACGGGAGUACGCGAAUUACAAUUAGUGAAUACAGCUUCUCAUCGAUUAAAUCAUGACUUUAGAAUAUCUGAAGGAGCUGAAUGGAUAGUAAUGGUAUCAACAAUACAAUGGCCAAAUUUUGGUUUGUUGUUGCGUUGGAAUCAAAGGCAGAGAAGAAGAAAGAUGGAAAGGUUAUGUAUUCAUAUUCAGCCAAUAGAUAUACACGAAAAUUAUCUUUGUAAUUUAAUUAGAAGUGAAUCUGGAUAUUCAUGUGCUAAUAGUAAUGGAGUGUCAUCAAAUACAGCAUCGAAUAGUGACGAUAAAUCUAGUGAAAUAUUCUUAUAUAUACCAGCACAUGAAGCAACUGUUACAACACAUUUAGGUAGGAACCAACAAGAAUUAUUUGUACCAAUGAAAUAUUCUGAAAAGUGUGGGUUUGAAGCUACAGCUCCUUAUGAAUUGAUAUCAAACCACAAAUAUCGUUUACGAAUAUUACGUAUAUCCUCAACUGGCCAUAUAAUUGAGCAAAGCUACUGGAGUAAUGAGAUUAUACCAGGAAAUAAAAUGAGGUUUGUAGACCUACCACUCAUGUUCUUGAGAAGAUUUCUUCCUACAAGGAGGUCAUCUUUGUACUUGUUUAUAGACAAAAAUACAGAUCAUUACUCAUCAUUUGGAAUUCCAUUUCACUUCAAAAAUAUUGAGAUUAUUAUUUAUGAUGUAUUGGGUGGCAAGAGAACAAAACGUGAUGGCGAAUUAAAUGAUGACGGUGAUAAUGAUAAUGGUCAUUCCAAUGAAGAACUGAAAUUUGGAGUAUCUGAAAAGGAACUUGCAAGUGAUGAUGAUAUUAAUGUCAAUGAGAUAAAAAAUGAAUUGAAUAUGCAUUUAAGCAGAUCACUGUCAAGGGCACUAGAAGAUGAAGGUAUAUCAAGAAUUGACAAACGCAAUAUUGGAAAUAAUGAAAAGGUUAAGACAUUUGGUGGUUUGGGUGAAAAGAGAAAACAGUGUAGAUAUGUCGUAACUGCAACAUUAAUAACGAAAGAUACUUUCUUUUUAUCAAGAAGGAUAACUUCUACUGGUACAACAGCAAAUGAUGAACGUAGUAAAAUAAACAACUUUUUAAAAGAUCCUGCUUAUCAUAAAUCCUUUGAGAGUGACAAAAUAAGAAUAGAGGGCAUUCCAGAAAAAGCAGCGACUUAUAAUUCAAAUAAUAAUGGAAGGAAUAAGAAUACAAAAUAUGGAGGAAUUAAACAUAACUCAAGCAACAGCAAUAUAUAUAUAUUAAGGAAUAGCGAAAAUAGUUCUAUAGAUAGUGGUCAUCAUAUGAAUCAAACUAUCCAAUUUAAGUCUGAAGCGGAAAAUUUAAAUUCAGACUUAUAUCUUGAACAGAAUUUGAUAUCUCAUGAUAGAAUUCUAUUUGAGCUACAAGAGGCAGACAGCGGACAAGUUGUUGCUGUUGGUGAUAUCAAAUGUUCAAAUCUAGUUGAUAUUGUAUGGGAUUCAUUAAAGGUCAAGAACCAAGGCAACGAAGACGAUGAUGAUCAAAUACCAGAUGUAACCGGAACUUUUAAAUAUGAUUUAAAUAGAGGUAUUAGCAAAUCUAUAGGAUCAAUAAAUACAAAUUGGUUAGAUGAAGAUAUUCAUACAGAAGACAACAUUCAGGUAUAUGAUAUUACUACAAAUACAACUAUUUCAAUUUAUCGUUUUGUAUCUGUUGCUAUUAAGUUAUAUUAUGUGGAAGGUGGUGGUCAGUGGGGUGAAUUAUCAAUGAAUUUAGAUAGGUCAUUUUGGGUACAAUAUAUGAGACAUGACUUGCCAGCAGUACUUGAUACAAAUAAUCCUAGGUCUAAAAAAAUGAAUAUGAAUUACUCUGGGCAGUUGGAGACAGAGAUAGGAAUAAAUGAAAAGAGUAGCCCUUUGCAUAAUGAAGGUAAUAUUGAAAUGGCAAAAGUAUCAUCGAAUGAGCAGACAAAUUCUUCUUUAUUAAGUGUGACCAAGAAUAAUCAGGUAGUGACUAAAUAUAUUGAUACAAGUGUCAAUUCAAAUAGUACGAAGCAUAUACCUCCUUUAAUGCCAGAAUAUGAUAAACCAUGCUUUAUUUAUGAUACACCUGGUCGUAUAUUAAUAAAUGGAAGCGAUAUUCAAGUAAAAUGGCACUGGCCAAAUAUUCCUAAUGUAACUAAAUUUGUACCUAAAAAUGUAUAUCUACACUUAUUUGAUCAUUAUACUGAUAAAUAUAUCGUUUCUCUCCAUGGUGGAAAGCCUUUACCUAAUACAGGAACACAUGCAUGGGGUAUAGAAGUUCCUUUCUUAUCACAUAGAUCGAGUUCAAGAGAUGUGUAUCUGGUAUUAACAAUAUGUGAAAGUGAUGUACCUUCCAAUAUUACGGUUUUAGGUAAAAAAUUUAUACCAAGAAUUAUAUCUUCAAAUAAUAUACUAAACUCAUCAAGUAAAGUAAUCAAAGGUACACAGCAAAUAAUUGUUGCAAUAUCAAAUGCCUUUACUAUAAUUAGGGUAACAACACUAAGCGAAUUUGAACUAUUAUAUGCUACUUUUUGUCGCACUUUUGGCCUAGAGAUGGAGGUGAUUACAUAUGAUGACUUACAACGUAACGGAUUUGUUGUAUCAAGGCAAAGCUUAAGGGUAUGUGAAAAUAUCCGCAAGCCUAUACCAACAGAAUCUCAUGAUGCAGUGAUAUUUUGUCCUGGACAAUGUUUAAUUAGUUCAAAAGUACUUGCCGUAAAGUCAUCAAGUUAUUCUGAUAAUAUAUACAGUGCUCAUUCUAAUAGUAGUAAUGAUGAUGAGCAUAUAAAUGGAGAUAAAUCCAUUGAGAAUUGUAUAUUCUUUAAGUCUAGAAGGAAAAUGAUUGAUGUUAUAGAAAAUUGUACACUUAACUAUUCAACUUAUUGGUGGUCAUCAUCUCCAGAUAGAUUUUUAUUGCAGAAUGGGAUUAUAUUAGAUACAAGUAUAUUAUUGCCAGUAAUAAUGAAAAUUAUUCAUAAUUUGAGAAUUGAUUCUUUAAUUUUAUUUAUUAGAACAUUAUUAACAGACAAAUAUUGUCAUUUACUAUCAAAAAUAAAAAAUUGGUUACUUAAAUUCAGAAUUAAGAUAUAUUGUUGGAAAGAAAACAAUUCAACAUAUAAUGAUACCUUAGUAAACAACUCAAAUGACUAUCAUAGACUAAAUAAUAAUAUUGAUGAUAAUAUUGGAAAUGUUGAUUAUCCAGUUUUAAACAAAUAUAAUUCAAUACAAUCGUUAAACUUAUCAUCUGCACUGCUUGUAAAUUCACAAUAUUCCACAAUCUAUCGUAGACGUUCAACUUGGCGUUCAUCUAAAUUUAAUACAUGGAAAACAAUAUUGAAUUUUAUAAAAAAAAGGAGAUCUAUUAAUUCUGAAUCAUUGAAUAAAACCAGGCAAAGAUGGGAAAGUGUAUUCAAAUUAGUAAAAAAUACUAAUGUUAAGUUAAUAUCAAAGGUUAGUAAAUGUGAUAAAUUAACCAAAAAAAGUGAAAAUAGUAAAUAUACUGGAACUUAUUACAAUGGAGAUGAAGUAAGCUGUGAAUAUACAGCAUUACCCGAACAUAGUAAUUUCACUGAUACUAUUCCAAUGGAUGAAUCUGAAUAUAUAGAUAAAUUUGGUUCUAAAUUAAAUCAUAUGUAUAAAAUAUCGAAUAUAUUGGAUAAUCAUGCUAAUAUAAUGGCGUCAUCAUUUGGAAAUACAAUGGGUAAAUCUAGUGGUAUAUUAGUACCACUUUAUAUUGCAAAUAUUAAGCAAAAACAGGAAAUAUUGCAUGAAUUAUGGUAUACUUUGCAAUUUUCAACACUACCUAUAUUUUUUAAUAUAUGUCUGUAUGGAUUUCAAGUACUUGUACUUUCAAUAUUUCCGAUAACAUGUAUUUGUCUAGUAUUAAUAUAUAAUUAUUUAUCAUCAUUAUCAAUAAUUGGCCCACACUUAUCUAUUGAUCCAAGUUAUGCAUCUGACUUUGUAUUUAAUCCAACUUGGAAUUUUUUCAUGUCCAUUCCGUUCCCAAUACCAUAUUUAAUAUUAGUUUCAUUAUUAUACCUAUUAAUUAUAGAUAUUACAAUAAUAACUUCUGGUUCUUCAAAGUUGACAAAUAUUAGAAAUUUGAAUUCAUCAUCUCUUAUUAACAAAUUAUCAUAUCACUGGAGGAAAUUAUUACGUUUAUUUGAAGAAAUUGGAAUGCUAACAACUAUAAUUUCUACAUUUCUAACUCUAUUAGCACUAUCUAUGUUUUUACUGUGGUUCCUACUCGGAUCACUAAUUAACUCGGAUAAUAUUCUACCAUAUGUAGUAAUGCUUUUAGCAUUGGGGUUUGUAAUUGUUAGUCUAUGGACAAAUUUUAGCUCUUCGCGUGGAAUUGUUGAUAGAUUUAUUGUAGAGAAUUUGCAAUCCUUAAUUGCAAUAGCUCUUGGACAUUGGUUUGAAGCUACUAACCAACAAUUCACGAAUAAUAUAAAUAUUAUUGAUCCAAAUGAUGCUAGAGCAGCAGCUUCUGAACAAUUACAUUGUGAAAUAAAACAUUAUAAAUAUGCGUGGUCAAAAAUGCUGUUAGGCUGCGGGACUAAUAACUAUAAUUUAAAGAUCAAUAACUCAGUUGCCAUUGGAAAUAUCAAGAACUCUAAUAUUAAAAAAAGUGAAUAUUUACAAAGCAACCAAAAUAAAUAUCCAUAUGGAUCCUUGAAUUCAUGCAUAAGUAAUGAAUAUAAUAGAAUAUAUGGAAUUCAAUGGGAAUAUUUAAAAAUUACCCCAACUAAUUCGAAAUGCUUAUUUGGUGUAAAUAAGAAUGGUCAGAUUAUUGGGGUUGAUGAAGCUAUGAAGCAAUAUUAUGGUAUGAAGCUGGCAACCAAGAACGAUGUAAUAAAUGAAGCUGAAAAAGUAGAUGGAUUAUUAGAAGGCUUCGAAGUAGCACUAUUACAGGAUGGAUUAAAAUAUGGUCCCAGAUUUGGCUAUCGUGUAGAGGGCCAUCUGCAAUGUGAUACUUGGUAUACUUCAGCAAUAGUACGCGUACCAGUAUUUCCACCUAGCGAGUUUUUGUCUGAUGAUAUUAAGGUUCAUUUAAUAUUUGACUUCUUUGAUAUGGAUGAUGAUGGGGUCCUGAAUAAGGAAGAGUUCUUAUAUUGGGCAAAAAAUUUGCACUAUGAUCGCUUUUACUAUAAUGGUCCAAAUACAAGCUAUAACGAAAUAGUGAAGUAUUUUAAUACUAUAUGCCAUACAAAUGUUACAUCAUCAAUUGGUUUUUAUAUUGAAGAUAUAAGUCUACUAUAUUCACUAUAUCCAGGCGAUUUAGAUUCUGAUUAUGAAAAGGUUAUACCAGUGCGCUAUAAUGAUGAUGAAAAUGCUGGCUUGAGUACUAAUUAUGGAAAUUGUGGAAAUGGUAAGAAUACAGAUAGAGAACAAGAUGAAAAGCUUGAGAAUGAAGAUGAUGAAGAUGAAUUUGAUGAAGAAUUUGGCGAUAUAUUUGAUGAUGAAGAUGAGGUUAAAUACAUCAAUUUUUCAAAUAAAAGUACUCACUAUCCUAAAGGUUAUCUAUGGAAUGGGAUACUUUAUGCACCAGAACGCAGUAACUAUGAUGACUGCACUACUGAUAUUUUAAAUAGCAAUGUUAAUCGGCUGAAAUUAUGGAGCAGCAACAACCAAGGUAAUGGUUAUGAAUAUGAAAACCAAUGUGAUGAUCUAAACUAUUCAUCUUCUAAUAAACAUUCCAAAUCGAAAUACACAAAACAUCAGCUAUUGCGUGCUAUUAAUGUGCAGAAGUUACGAUAUAUUUUUACAUUUUCAACUCGUAGUUUACGCACUCCAGAUAUAGAAACAGCUUUUCAUGAUAUUCACUCAUUAGCAUAUAAAGUAUUUGAUGCACAAGUUGCACUGUUAGAGCCAAUAUUUGGUAAAUUUAAUGUAUUGUUUGGUAGCACAUCAGUCAUUGGAAGUAAUACUACUGAUAAUUCACGAAUAAUUAACAAUAUUAAUGAAGUAAAAUUUGUGAAUGAAAAUGAUACUAUUAAAUAUAGUAAAAUUCAAACUUCCACAAUAUCCUCUGGAAUAAUGCAUAGGGCUGACAAUAAUAGUAAUAAUACUUCACCAUUGAAAUCAAUAGUAUCCAACAAUAAUGGAAAUUCCAAUAGCCCAAGUAUAAGUAAUGAUACGUUUAUUCCAAGUUAUGACAAUCUAUAUGGAGAUGACAAUAAUCCGGCUAGAUUUUUACAAUUGAUGAGAUUAUUACAUAAUGAAAUAAGGCAAGAUAUAUGGCAUAUGUUUAAUCAUAUUGUAUCAAGAUUAUUUGAUCGUGAUCGUGUACGACAAGGUAUUGAGCACUUCUUAGAUACUAUACAUCCAAAAUUGAUAAGACGUAAGGCAGCAAGAAUUGUUAAUAUAUUCUAUGGGCCAAUGCUAGGGGAAUUAUCACCACAAAUACAAGAUUACUUCAUAUCGACACCUCCUAAAACAGCAGCACAAGUAGUUGAUGCACUAAAAGAAUAUCGCGUUGAUAAUGAAAGUAAUGUUAGAGAUACAUUAGAGAUUAUAUCAUUAUCUCAAGGAAAUGCAUCAAUACAAUUUCAAGUAUCAUUAAUUACAAAGGCAUUAUAUGCAUUAAGUGUCUUAAAGGACUCAGAUGUUGAUAUGUUAACAGUUGAUAUACCAUGGAAAAGAGCUCACACACUAAUUACAGAAGAAGUCUUAAUUCUACCUAGAAAUUAUCAAGGAGUAAAGGUUAUUAUAGGUGCUAUUCAAACAGUAUUACGGAAAGAAUCGUCUAUAGAUAACAAUGUGCCGAUAAUUUUGAGUGAUAGUAGUAACUUGAAUGGAUUAUAUGAAAGUAACGAUAUUAAUGAUCUUAGUAGUCAUUUUGAUAAUAGUAGAAAUUUGAAUAGUGGAAGUACUUAUUCAAUUAAUGUUAGAAGUAGCUUUGGGAGUAAUAGAUCAACUUCGAGUGAAUUCACAGAAAGUACUUUAGAACAGGUAAUACAAGUAAUAGUUUCACAGUACUUAUGGAUGGAUGCAUUUAUAUUAUUAAUAAGAUUGUGUGGGAUUAAUCUUUCAAAUGACAGAUUACCAUGUGUAUCAUAUGAUCAUUUUGAAAUGUCACAGUCUAAUAGUAGCUAUAUAGAAGAAAGGAAUUAUGAGCAUGUACAAAAUAUAUUUACAAAAUUAAGUAAUGGAAGUGGAUUUCUACCAGUUGAAUUAACAGAUUUAGCAAUAUUAUCUUUGACAGAUAAAUGUUUGAAUUUUCCUGGAUUACUAGUAUCAUUACAUUUCCUUGGAUUAAUAAGUAGCGAAAUGUUUUCAAUGGGUACUGGAAAUCCUUUAGAAAGACUAAAGGAGCUAGGUAUAACACUCAAUACACAUGUAUUGCAUAUCCACAAAGGUACUGGUUUAUCUAAUAGCGCAACUUCAACGACUUCUUUAGCAUCAUUAUCAAUAAACAAUUGUAUGCAGAAUAGUUACCAUAACUAUAGAUUAAAUAUUAAUUUUCAAUCUGAUAAAUCUUGGCCUUUACCAAUUGAAGUUUUAAGUGAAUUAAAUCAACAUUCAAGUGAUGAUAAUAUAAAUAAAAUGUUGCCAGAAAAACGCACAGAUUAUGGAGAAUUAUUAGAUUGGACAUUAUUAACAAAUAUUAAAGGUAUACCUGGAAAAAUAGUUCAAGAAUAUAAUACUUUAUCAAUUUCGCGUAAUGGUUUUAUAGGUAGAUCUCAAUUACAUGAAUAUAUAAGACUUCAUAAAAAAUUUUAUGUUUGCUUUUUGGAAGAUCCUGAUAUAACAUCAAGUACUACAUAUAAUUCAUCUAAUGUAAAUGAAUCAAGUUCAAUAGUAAAUGAUCAAAGAAUUACUAAGAAGGAAGUUCUCUCUAUAAUAAAAGAGAAUAAAAUAGACUUAGGAACAUCAAACAUUAAUAAGAAAAGUACAAGUUCAGGUGGUUCGUUAUGUAAUAGGUCAUUAUCAAGUAAUAAUGGAGCAAUAUUGGGUGGAUCAUCUCAGCAUCUUGAUUUAUCAAAGGUUACUGGUAGGAAAAAUAGAAUUAAAUCAUACAAAAUAUCAUUUGAUGUAUUUGAUGCUGCUAUUACAGCCCUAGGAUUCUCUAGUCAUCCAGUUCAGAGUCAUAUUCUAUGGUUAUUAUUAUGUUUGAACUUAAAAUUACCUAAUGUACAGCCAUUCAUUGAUGCUGCAUAUGCUCGUGAUUUUAUUUUAAGGAUAUUCUUACAGCCGACGUAUAAAAGUGAUACAAAAUACAAUAUUAAUAAUACUGCAGGCUCAAUAAUCUCAUCACCUACAUCUGGAAAUAACAGAAAUACCCUUGGAAAUAAUAUAGCAGAUGGUGAUUUUAUAAAUCAUAAUACUAGUAUAAAUACAGUUGUUAAUAAAGAUAUAGGUAGCCAAAUAAUAAACAACAAAGCAGUAAAUAAUAAUCAACCAACAAAUAAAAUACAAUCUAAUUCGACUUCUUUUCAAUACCAGUCAUCAAUAAUUGAACCUAGUGUAAAAGAAUUACACUAUGAUGCACAAGACGUAUGUUCAUACCAUGGCUAUUUUACUCAUGAAAUGCUAUGUAGAUUCUUGUCAUUAGCAAAAAUAACAUUACCACCAUAUGGUGUACAUUCUCUAUGGAAGAAUUUACCGAAAGAUCCUUUUGAUAUCUCAUUGUUUAUCAUACCAUUUAUAGAAGAGAAUAGAGAAGAUAACUUUAAAGAUGAAUAUAACAUAAUACAUGGUAAUAAUAUUGAUACGAAUAAUGUUAGUAUAUUAUUAUCAAAUUAUACUACAGAAAAUAUAGGAAGUAUACAUGAAAAAAACAAAUAUUCAAGAUUACAAAGGAACUUUCAAGAUAAUAAGUCAUUAUGUCACUCAAUGCAUCUGCGUAUACUAAUGGAUCCAACAGGAAUGGACCCAAUGGAAGGUACUGUAAUACAUAUUGAUAAUUUAAGACGUCUACUACCACGCAAAUUAAUGACUGGUUUAUGGCCCGAAGCAAUAAAAGUUAUUUUAAAUAUUGGUUUACAUUUAGAAAAGUCUGAUGCAUUAAUAAAGGAAGCAACAUCUCGUUGUUUACAAUAUAGUAAUAAGUAUGGUCUAAUAAGACCAGGUGAUAUUGUAUCAAUUUUAGCUGCACUAAGUAAGGAAGGAUUGUCAUUUGACAUGCUGUGUGAUUUAUUAAAUAAUAUGAGGAUACAAUUGCCAGUUAGAGAAGUAAAAAGAAUGUUUGAUUUAAUGGAUUUAAACCAAGAUAAAUCACUAGAUUUGCAAGAACUAUUAGAUGGUUUCGAAGUUCUAUUUGGUAAAUUUUUACCUCAACUAGUACAUGAACAUGUUGGACUCAGUUAUGAAAGACAAGGAAUAAUUAUGAUGGCUGCAUCAACAUGUUUAUUAUUAUUCUGUGCAUUUGUUGGAAUUGCAAUAAAAACAUUUGAAGGGAUGAGAAAUGAAUUGAGUACAGCUGUGCAGUCUGUAUUGGCAAUUGUUGGUGCUGUUGGUUUACAAACUGGUGCAUCACAAGAUAGUAAGGAAGUUGAAGAGAGAAUGAAGCAGAGAAUUGAGGACAUUAUGGGUGGAGAUAUCGAGACAUCUGUUGAACAAGUUGAAUUAAAUGAACAAAUUAUGAUAACAAAUGAAGGUAGAUAUAAAUAUGGGAUUAAUUCAAAAUCAGAAAAAUAUGGAUCAGAUUAUCCUAGUAGAAGUAGAAAUAUACAAUCAUCAAUAAUACUUUCUGCAGAUAAAGGCCCAAUUUUAAAGAUAGGUUAUGUAGUUCCAUAUAAAUACCGUUCAGAUAUAAAUGAUCCAAGACCAUGUGUAACAUUAUAUAGCCAAGACAAUGUCUACUUAGAACCGAUCAUAUAUUGCUCUAAAGGUACAAUUAAUCAGCAGCAUAAUAUUUUCUUGACAAAAAAUAUUAAUAUAAGAUGGUGUAUCAAACCAAAUAUUCCAAAAUAUACUGGUCUAGUAUUUUCAAAUGAAAAUGGUAUUAUAAAUGGGGUAAUACCUAGUUUCACAAUAAAUAAGGUUGGAUGUAUUCGUAGGAUGGCAGUACAAUCCAAUCAACACAUAGAUAUGAAUAUUCAAAAUACCAGCAAUACCGGAAUUCCUGUUUAUGGUGGUGUUACAUCAUCUGUCAGUUAUUUAAAUAGUCAUAAUAAUGGAAUUAAUAUGAAUAAUAAUAUGGUAUUGUAUAAAAGGCCAUCCAUUUCAAAUGCCUAUAAUAACUCAAGUAAUAGUGAUAGUAACGAUUUGCACAAUAAAACAUUUAUGAAGAUGUAUUCAGCAGGAAAGUCAUCGUUAAAAAAGUUGCAGUCAAACUUUGGAAAGGAUGACUUAAGUUUACUAGAUAAUUUUAGUAAAAAUGAUGAUAUACAAUGUGAUAACCAUGGUGCAACUACAAGAUUACCACUUGGAUAUCAUCCGGUUCAAAUGAAUAGAAAGACAUUUACAGUAUAUUGUAUUAUUGAUAAUUAUAAAAAGAUAUUUAAAUCUAGAAUCACAUUUCAAAUCAUACCGAGAACAAGACAUAACAAAUAA